GGAAUACUGAUGGUCUGACAAUGUUUCAGAAGCCUCAUCCCUUUGUUCAGGUUCCUGCUGUAUUUGCCUACGGACGCCUCCCCCCCUCUGCUGCGAAGCAAGCUCAUUGGAGGACAGCAAAGUCACGGGUUGACAUGUAGGCCCGCAGAGUGAACAAUUUCAACUGUUGCUAAGAGAUGGCUGACAUUGGGAGCAUCACCUCCUGCUUCUUGCAUUAACACCCCUGCAGCCUUUACACAACUCCAAAUUGGAGCCAGUCCAGGAUAGAUACAACCUCCCAUACCAUGAUGCCCUGGCACAGAUCCUACCAAAUGGCUGCUACCUUUUCACUGGAGCAAAUCCAAGGCCACAGAGAGCAGCCCAAGGAGAACCGGAGAGACCAAAGGUCAAGCAACCCAACAUAAAUUACACCUAUCAUAUACAUCAUCCACAUAAACGACCCCCUCUGCAUGAGUUUGAAGAUGAUCCACACAUGGCAGAGAUCACCGACCUCCAAACUAAGGAGGUGGAAAACUAUCGCUCAGCCAUGGGUAAGAUGGCAGAAGACAUCAUAGCGCUGAGGACGCAGGUGGUGAGGUUGGAGGCAGAAAAGAGCCAUCUCCGCACUGCUCUGUCUCUGCAGCAGGACCUUGGCAAACACCACGUCAUGACCAGGGCUGAGAUUUCUGAUUGUAUCGCCUCUCUUAAAUUUAAGCUGGCUAGUGAGACCAGUAAGGCCGCCUCUCAAAGGGACAGAAUCCAACAACUGCAGAAUGAUCUGAUCAAGAAGAACAACAAGGAGAAGGAGCUACUAAAGCUUCAGAGAGUUCAACAGCAGCCACAGGAGGAUCUGCAGCACCACCCCAGCCGCUUGGCAAAGAUGGCAAGCUUGGAGGCAACAGUGAAACAUCAGGAAAUGGUGAUAAGGAAGAUGGAGAAAGCAUUAGAGCUCAGAGAGAACAGUAAACAGAGUGGUGACAGAAAGCCUUUGGUUAAAAAGCUAAAAGUUGGCACUGAUAACAGAAAGGAAGAGAUAAAGUCAGCCCUGGCAGCAGAAAACAGUCGUCUCAGAGGAGAGCUGGACAGGAUUCCCCAGCAGCCUGCCCCAGUCAUUAAACAGCAGUCGGCACAGACCAAAGAAGCCCUUCCAGUCGAGGAGAGACUGAGUCUACUAAGUAAGCUGGUGAGGGCCGAGGCAAGAGUUCAAACACUGGAGGCUCAGCUGGAGGAGAACUCUCAUUUAUGGGGGAGAGAGAAACAAGAAAUGUUGACCAGACUGAGCGAGCACAAGCAUGGCUUCGACCGGACGUCUACCACAAUUCUUCAUAAUAUUCCUUCGAGAUCUGUACCACAAUCACUGAGUGAGCAAAGCAGACAGAGGAAGCAGAAGAAGAUCUGUUGACCCAGACCAAACUUAAACACUCACAGAUGUCUUUGAUUCAAUAUUCAAAAUACCAAUAUUUUCAGAUAACUCAUAUAUUUAGAUAAACUAGUAAUAAAAUGACAUUUUACAGGACAUAUUUUGAAUCAAAAGUAUUGUUUUAUUAAUCUUUUGUUGAUAUGUUAAAAUACUUUUGCCAUGUGCACACGGAAUAAAGCAUCUGUCUGAAAUAUUUUAA